ACGCAAGCAGCACAUUUUGUGCACGUUGGUUACAUCCCAGAGCGUACGCAUCGCACCGUCUUGCAGGUGUUUUGCAUAAGAGAUUUCAUUGCUUUCGCCUUAACAGUGUGCUGCACGCGACCUGAAGUCAUGGCUGAGCAGGCCAUGUGUGAUCAGCUGAUCAAAGCAGUGAAUGUGAUCAUGGACGCAGAAACUGGACACAUUUACCGACUGGAGGCCCUAAAGUUUUGUGAAGAGUUUAAAGAGACGAGCACCUUCUGUGUGCCAUGUGGCUUACAACUUGCCGACAAAGCCCAGCCAGCUGUAGUGAGACACUUCGGUUUGCAAAUCCUGGAGCACGUCAUCAAGUUUCGAUGGAACAACAUGCAACAACUAGAGAAGGUCCAGUUGAAAGAGUGUGCCAUGCAGCUGUUAUCAACUGGUACUCUCGCUAUCCUGGAGGAAGAGAGCCACAUCAAGGAUGGCCUGUCCCGAAUCACUGUGGAAAUGAUAAAGAGGGAAUGGCCUCAACAUUGGCCAGAUAUGCUUAAAGAGAUGGAGGCGCUCACUAGCCACGGGGAGGCGCAGACGGAGCUGGUGAUGUUGAUACUGUUGCGGCUGGCGGAGGAUGUGAUCAGCUUCCAGACGUUGCCCACCCAGCGGCGCAGAGACAUCCAGCAGACACUUGUCCAAAACAUGGAGAGCAUCUUCAGCUUCUUGAUGGCCAUUCUGCAUGUUAACGUCGAGGACUACCGUAAAUUGAAAGGGUCACCCGGACAUGAACUGCAGGCCAGAGCUCACUGUCGAGUCGCGGUGGCGACGCUGAACACACUUGCAGGCUACAUAGAUUGGGUCUCUCUGGUGCACAUCACUACCGGAAACUGUCAUCUCCUGGAGAUGUUGUGUUUGCUGCUGAGUGAACCAGAGCUGCAGCUGGAGGCAGCGGAGUGUCUGCUCAUCGCUGUCAGUCGGAAGGGGAAACUGGAGGAUAGGAAGCCUUUCAUGCUGCUGUUUGAUGAUGUCGCCAUCCACUACAUCCUUUCUGCUGCCCAGUCGGCAGAUGGACUGGCAAUGUGCAAGAAGUCCGCUGAGUCGCAAGCAGUGGAGGUGGUGGAGCGGCGGUACAUAUUCCUGAAGAGGCUUUGUCAGGUCCUGUGUGCUCUCGGAGGCCAACUCUGCUCAUUAGUGGGUUCAGAUGUGGAGGUCGAAGUACCUGCAAAUCUCAGCAAAUACACUGCAGCGUUUUUAGCGUUCACAGCACAUUCCAGUCAGUUUUUGAAGUCAUCCACUCAGGCCACUUGGGGUGCUUUGUUCAGACACGAGACACUGUCAAAGGACCCAGUUGUUGUCGAGAUGGCCAUCAAGUACCUCAGAGCGUGUAUGACCAACCUCGUCAAGAUUGGAUUUCCAUCCCGAAACGACAACCCGAGUUGCGAGUACUCCCGCGUGGACUUCGACAGCGACGAGGACUUCAAUGCAUUCUUUAAUUCUUUUCGAGCGCAGCAGGGAGAGGUCGUGAGGAUUGCAUGUCGCAUUGUCCCUCUGGAGGCUUUCCGGAUAGCGGCUGAAUGGCUACAGUAUCAGAUCACCAGCCCGAUUGACACUGGGGCUGCAACAUCCAAGACGGCCGAGGGGCUGUGCACCCUCUUGUCUCCUUCACUGGUCCAGUGGGACGCCAUGACGAUCUUCUUGGAGUGUGUGGUCCCGCAGGUCUUCAGAAAUGUAGAGGAGGAGAAGCUGCCCAUAGAUCAGAGCAUGGAGCUGCUGCAGGCCACGCUGAACUACGACACCAAAGACCCGCUCAUCUUGUCCUGCGUACUCACCAACAUCUCGGCCCUCUUCCCAUUUAUUAAACAAAGGCCCCACUUGCUGCCACAGAUUCCCUACAAGCUGUUUAAUGCCAUAACAUUUGAGGUCAGUCAGGAAAGUAAGGCACCACGGACCCGAGCGGUGAAGAACGUGAGGAGGCACGCCUGUUUUUCCAUCAUCAAAAUAUGCCGGGAUCACCCACAGUACAUUCUGCCUAGUUUCGACUUGUUUUACAACCACGUUAAGAAGUUGUUAUCAAGCGACGCCACGCUCACUCACAUGGAGAAGUGUUUGCUGAUGGAGGCCCUGGUGCUCAUCAGUAACCAGUUCAAAGACUUUGCAAAGCAGAAGGCCUUUCUCGAUGAACUGAUGGCUUCAGUGGUGGCAGAAUGGACUUCCGAGGAGAUGAGGCAGGUGUUGUCUGACCCUGCUGUGUUCCUGUCCUUCGUUGGCGCUGAUCAGGUGGUCAAUGACCAAAGUCAGGAUUCAAACACAGCGGGGCUGAAUAGGGGCCGGCUGGGUUUCUGCCUGUUUGCCAUGUUGGGGGUGGUGAAGCGGGCACGCUGGCCCGCAGACCUGGAGGAAGCCAAGGCAGGUGGCUUCGUGAUGGGAUACACCGCUGCCGGAGCUCCCAUCUACAGGAACGCCUUGACGGCCCACUUUCUGGUCUUGCUGCCCAACCUGCUGGCUCUAAUCAGGACUAACAACUGUCUGUUCAUGCCGGAGAACAUGGCUCGCCUGAGUGUGACCUUCUCCAGGGCCCAUGAAGUGAUGGAUGCGGAGAGAAACAUUGUUCUUGGUCUCUCUCAGCCCAUUCUGGAUAUUUAUGACUCCGCUGUGUGUAGAACCAGCUUGGAGCGGAUGCAGGGAUUUCUCUCCACAUUGUAUGACAACUGCUUCCACGUCCUCGGAAGUGCAGGUCUGUCCCUGCAGCAGGAAUUCUUCAGCAUUGAGAGGUUGAGCGAAGAAAUAGCUGGUUCUGUUUUUGUCUCCCUCGACCAUGUGCCCGAUCACAGACUUCGCCCUAUGAUUCGUGUGUUUGUGAGGCAGUUGGUGCUAUCAUGUCCUCAGGAGUACUACAACAGUCUACUCUGCCCCCUGCUGGGACCUCUGUUGGCCUACAUGCAGCAGAGGCUCAACGUCAAGUGGCAGGUCAUCAACCAGAGGAGCUCGGUCAAUGGUGAUGACGACGAGGAGGAGGAGGUGGUGUGUCAGGAGAGCCAGGUGACGCACGAGAUGUUGGAGGAGCAGCUGGUGCGCCUGCUCAGCAGGGAGGUCCUGGAUCUUCUCUUUGUGAGCUGUAUUUCCAAAAAACUGGCCGAACCAGCUGCGAACAAGGAGGAAGUAGACGAUGAAGACAUGAUGGAUUCGGUGCAUGCGGCGUCUCCUGCCGGUCCCACGGAGGAGCUGACUGAGCUGGGGAAAUGCCUACUGAAACAUGAGAACAUUUACAUGACCCUGCUGACCCUCUCCUUCACCUCGCUGUCAUGGAAGGACACCACUAACUGUCACCGCACUGCUUCGAUGGUCUGCUGGACCCUUCUGCGGCAGGUCGCAGCGGGUAAUCUUCUCCCUGAGGCGGUCACAUGGUUCUACACUAGCGUCCUCAGAAGCCUUCAGGUUCAUGGGCAGCAUGAGGUCUGCAACUCUACCCUCUCUCAGCUGGCGAUGAUCAUUUAUGAAAACCUGCGGCCACGCUACAUAGAGCUGAGAGCGGUGAUGACCCAGAUCCCCAACAUCAGUGUGGAGACUCUGGACCAGUACGAUCACAGGCUCAUUGACCCCAAUGCCCAGAAGCUCGGAGACAAGAAGAGGAAAGACCAGUUCAAGAGGCUCAUCGCAGGAACCGUUGGGAAAGCUCUGUGCCAGCAGUUCAGGAAGGAGGUUCAUAUCCGGAAUCUUCCAUCGCUCUUUAAGAAGACAAAGCCAGACAAAGAUGUGCAGAGCAGUGAAGCGUUGGGCCUGGGAGCUCUCUUCUCUCCGGAGAAUAAUACCUUGUAGGAGCACAUCGGGGUUCUAAUGGACUUCAUACUGACCGAGGACCGUUAUGUGUACAGCGCUGGGUUUCCCCGUCUGCAUCCUCCUCCAACAUAGCUCUCAACACUCUUCUGUUUUUCCAAAGGUCGUCUUUUAUUUCAGCCGUUGUCGUUCCACAGCACCAUUCACAACCAUUAGAAAAUCCCAUCCACUGGUCAUUAAUGCUAGCUAGUAUCACACAGUGGAUCCUUUUUUAGAAAAUGUCAUCUUGGGAGGUAUAUGAGCUAUUGAAAUUUUCCAUUUCAGAUUGUGUUCCAGGUUGAUCUUAGAGUAUCAGACCAGCUGUUGAUAUUUGCUCUGAAGCGGAAGCUUCAUUGAGCCGCCAAACUAUGAGAGUGACUGACACUAAAGUCAACGCGUUCACAACAUAAGUCGAAGAGGCUUCAUGCAAACAUACCCAAGAAUCAAUAUUCAGCUGAAUUGUGAUUUCAAGGUUUUUCUAGAUUUAAAUAUGAGCAACAGUUUUCUAGUUUGCAGCCAAUACAGUAGUAGGUAAUGGUGGAUGCAUUUAGCCAGUCACUCAUAGAACAAUUUACACACCGCAAGUAUUGUUUUAAAUUGAUUAUUUAAUGCAAAGUACAUAUCAUACUACAAAUACUUCUGCCAUAUAUUGUGCCAAAACACUCACUAUAGACUUUGACGAACUUGAAUCGACCUAAAAAGAUAUAACUCUCAUGAAGAUUAUUUAAGGAUGGAGUUAACAGAUGAUGUGUAGCUUGAUCCAAGUCUUUGUUUUUGUUUUCUAUAAUUAUAAUGUAAUAAUCUGUUUUUGAAGUGUUUGUACUGGUUUUGCAAUCAGGAAAAGAUGAACCAGCACUACAUUCCGUUAUUAUCCAAGGUAUUGUUUUUAAGCAUACUUCAAUGGAUGUAUUUUGCUCUUAUGGAGCUUUCAUGUAGAGUGUUAUUUGUUUUGUGUUGCGUAGAUUCAGGUCCAAAAUAAAUGAGUUACUUUGGCUUGGAGUGAGACCGGUUUUAGUGUUUGGAUUUGAGAUAUCACUGAAAGAAGUUCACAUUAUCCUUCAUCAGGAAUGGGAACAUUUAUGACACAUGACCUUCCAAUCAAUUUAUUUUACCCUUCAUGGUGAUCGUUUGUACAUGUGGCCGUUAAAAAAAAAUGCUGGUUCAACACUAAAAUGUUAUGUACAAUGGAAAAAAUGUCCUUUCUAAAAUUUUAGUGUGGUUUAUAUUUUGUUUUUGAAUAAUAAAUUGAGAUUUCAAUUAAUCUCAAACUUUGAGUAUUUAAUACUUACCUUUUUAUAAUGUUUUGUCUGUAUGAGCACAUUUCCAUGUCAACAAAUAACAUAAUUUUAAUUAAAUUGGGAACAUC